AAGAAGAAGAACGCGUCCUCGCGAGCUUUUCCUCCCUGGUGUUGUUGCCCUUGGUCCAGUUACCGUCAUGGGGUACUGGGAUGAACCAGAGGGCGCCGGCUGCGUCCAAAAAACAUGGAUCACUACAAAACUGGGCACGGCCGUGGGCCUGGUCGCUUCAGCCUAUCACACAGUGGCAUUCCAGCCUGAUUCAGCUUUGACGGCUCUACAGAGGGCAACCAACACCACGGUGACCAUGGCCACCAUGGGGGCGGUCUUUGGGAUGGUCACAUGCCUCAGUGCUCAAGCUCGAGAAGCUCCAGAUGAUCCACUCAACUAUUUCAUCGGAGGCUGCACCUCUGGAAUCUUUCUGGGAGCCAGGACCCACAGUGCUAUGACGGGUACCACUGCGUGUCUGGGUCUGGGAACUCUGGCGUUCUUAACGAAGGUUGGAAAGAUGGAAGGAUGGAAAGUGGCUGGACCUCCGAAACUAUGAAGAGGAAACCGACCGGAUGAUGGAGUCAAACAUUUAUUCAUGUAAUAAAAUAUGAGUGAAAACCACA